GGAGCAUCAUCAGCGAUCAGAUUGACCACACCGAAGAUGGACGACCGCUCCGGAGCGUCAUCGCGCGAAGAAAGGCCCGCUAGCCAUGGAAGCGCAUUUCUUUUGCUUCUUCUCCCUUGCAGCUAGCAGCAGCCUACUCUUCUGUAAAACAUACACUACUAUACUACUUACUACCUCCACCCGCGAGGCGGGCGGACACACUAAAAGUCAUUUAGAGCUCCUUUUCGGGCACAGCUCGCUCGCACCCCUCCCCUCUCGCGCGCCGCUCCGUCGCAGAGGCGUGUCCCGCCCCGCGACUGCGUCUGGCUGGUCCAGUUUCUCUUCCUCCUUCUUGCACCGACACCAUCAUCAACACCGCCUGUGACGAUGAAGCUCAAUCUCCUCGCCCUCGUCUCCUUGGCCUCGUCGGUCGCAGCCCUGUGGCCCCAUCCCACGUCCUUCACCCGGGGCAAGCAAGGCCGCGUCGUCGCCAGGUCCUUCAGCGUGGAUGUUCAGCCGCAGAAGUAUGCCCAGGAUGAGGCCCUCGUCGCAGCGUCUCAGCGCCUCCUCGCGCGCAUCAACGAUCUCCCCACCGAAGCCUUUGUUCUGGACCGCGGCGCCAGUCGUGCCGAAGCCCUUCAAGGUAGCCGGCCGCUUCAGCGCCUGUCCAUUGUCAUCGGGACCGCAACCGAGACACGUACUGAGCUUGCUGGUAGCAGAAGCAGCGACAUCCACUAUGACCCACGUGUGUCGCCCUUUGCAUUCCAAGGCGGUCAGGCCUUUUCCCUUAGCCACGAAGCCCCCCAUCGCCGCGCUCUUCGAGGCACGAGUACACAUGGCAAUCUGAUGCAGCAGGCCAUUGCGCCCCUCGAGGACCACGAUGAGCGCUACACGCUCGAGAUCACCGAACAGGGCGAGACCGCUACCGUGCAUGCGUACACGGCGCUCGGUGCGCUGCGGGCCAUGUCUACAUUCACCCAGCUGGUCUACCGCCUGCCCGGCAGCGGCAAGGUCAAUUACGUCUGGCACACGCCCCUGCGCAUCGAAGACAAGCCAGCCUUUCCGUACCGCGGCAUCAUGCUCGACACGGCACGCCACUUCAUCCCUGUUGGACACCUCAAGUCGCAGAUCGAUGCCAUGGAGCUUCUCAAGCUCAACCAGCUCCAUUGGCACAUGACCGAUGCUCAGUCUUGGCCCUUGGAGCUCCAGGGCAACGGCCUUGACAUUCUCGCCGCAAAGGGUUCUUACGGUCCUGGAAUGACAUACAGUAAAGCUCAAAUCAAGGACAUUGUUCGGUACGCCGCCGAGCGCGGCGUCAACGUCAUCCUCGAGAUCGACAUGCCUGGCCACAUGAACGCUGGUGUCAAAGACAUGCCGGGUGGACUGAUCACUUGCGAGAGCAAACUACCGUGGGAAGACUGGGCGGCGGAACCACCAAGCGGGCACCUCGACAUUCGCAAGAAAGAGGCUGCGGCCUUUGUGCAGGCCGUUUUUGACGAUGCACUCUCCGCAUUCCCGGGUCCAUACGUGUCGACGGGCAACGACGAGAUCCAAGCACAGUGCUUUGGCCUGCAAAAGGGAGACAAGGCUGGCACAGACAAGCUGCUCGCACCCUUUGUCCACACUACGCAUGCAUUCCUCUCGCAAAAGCACAAGAAGGUGCCCAUGGUGUGGGAAGAAGCCGUGCUCGACUACCCCGAGACUGGCCAAGGCCUGGUCGAGGGCACCCUCGUGGAAGCAUGGACGAGCAGCGAAAACGUGCACAAGCUCCUCGAGAACAAGAACAUCAGGCUGGUGCAUGCGCCCGUCGACUUUUUCUAUCUCGAUUGUGGUAUGGGUGCUUGGAGCGCGGUCACACCAGCGGCCACCAGCUGGUGCGCAUACGUCGACUGGCAAAAGCAAUACUCUUUCGACCCUCUGAACGGCACACAGGGCAUCCCAGGUUCUGAGGCCCGCAUCAUGGGCGGCGAGUCUGCCCUCUGGGCAGAGCAGGUUGAUGAGACCAAUCUCGAGAGUCUCUUGUGGCCGCGUGCAGCCGCUGGAGCUGAAGUGUUCUGGACAGGCGCCGAGAAAGAAAUCAACGGCGUUAGAGGACCCAGAAACAUCAAGGAGGCCACCGCUCGCAUCAACGAGAUCCGGGCCAGGCUCGUCGCCAUGGGCAUUCGCGCUGCGCCCAUCCAGCCUGACUGGUGUGUGUUCCGGGCCGGCAUGUGCUUCGACGAGCCCUCGGACGACUAGCCGCCCCCUUCAUCCCCCCAGAACACUCUUCUCAUCAAAGCGAUAGAGAACGCUUCUUCUAAUUAUGAAAUAAUACUACCAG